CAGGCUAUCUUUGGGGCACUUGUUAUGAUAAUCUUUUUGCGGUUUACAAGAUGGGGGCGUCACUUGUUACGGGGGCGUCACUGCUUAUUUUCUAUAGUUAUUGUGCUUAUAAAUUAUGAUGGGCUAACUAGGUUGCUUCUGCAAAAUUGUUGUACCUAAAAUUUUGUGGGGAAACUGUCUAGCUUUCCGCACGACGCUGCGUUGGCGUUUAUCGUUUUGGACUAGGUUUUAGCUGGAGACCGUGUGUAAGUGACUCAUUACUAGUGACGCCCUCCCCUCAUUAUGAGUGACGCUUGCACGCCUCCAUCUUGCAAGCUGCAGACAAACCCUUCACACGCAACAUGGCGAAUCGCAAGCAGCCUCUUCAUCUAACUAUCGUAAAAGAAGGAUGCCGACCAGAACCCAUCAUUGAAGGGUCUCUACAUAUAUGCAGCAUUUGUUUGAAGAGAGGAGAGCGUGCAAAUAUUCUGGCACAUAUCCAAACACAUGACAAUAAGGCCAUUAGACAUGAAGGUACCAAUAAUCGGUGACAAUAAUCAAAAGAAGAACAAAAUAUGACUAUUCGAAAAGGAGAAGACUCAUUGACUCAUUUAUUUUCUAUUUAUGGCUACAAGAUAUUCCGAUGUAAUGGUCGAUGUUUGCAUUCCGGUCAUUACCAUUGCUGCUACUGUUCGAAGGUUAUAGGGAGGUUAAGUACGUUUUUGAACCAUCUUAAGAAAUGCAAAUGUACACCCCAGAAUAUCACUGCUCCAGCCUCCAUCAUACCCGCGUCGCCCAGUCACACACUACUUCCUGCUGCAGGUUCCACCAUGUCUGCGGCGCCAAGUUGCACACCUGUACCAACUGCAGCCUCCAUCCAAUCUUCAUCCUGUGCGAACGCACUAAUGACUGCUCUGGCCUCCACCAUAUCUCUGUCACCCAACGGCACACCUAUACCCAUUGCAGCCUCUUCCAAAUUUUCAUCCCUUACCAACGCACCACUGACUACUCUGGGCUCCACAAUAUCUGUGUUGCCCAGUGGCACACCUGUGCCCACUGCAGCCUCCACCAUAUCUUCUUCAUCCACCACCACACCAGUGCUUGCUGUAGCCUUGCCCAUAUCUGUGUCAUAUAAUUUUUAUUGUUUUUCACAUCCAAAAGAUCCUUCUGUCUCUCAACCCAAUAUUGCAGCCUCCACUGAAACUUCGUCACACACUAACACACCAGAGCCUACUGCAGCGUCCACCAAAUCUGCAUCGCCCAGUGGCACACCUGCACCCACUGCAGCCUCCACCGAAUCUUCAUCCCCCACUAAUGCACCGCUGACUGCUCCGGCGUCACCCAGUAGCCCAAUGGACUCAGGCCAAUCUCCAACCAAAGCGGACACACUAGCUAAUGGUAGAAAGCCCAAAUUACUCAAAUCAAAGCCCCAAAAAGUUGCAUGCGCAUUCUGUAAUAUGAUUAUCUCUAAAAAAAACAUGAAAGUACACAUUCAGAGACGGCAUUCAUCAUCCCUUGAUAUUAUUGCCCACGAUCUUCUAUCUGAAUGUGUGGAAAUUGGGAUAUGAUUUUGGGAUUCUAUGUAAAAUCUUCAUUCUUGCUGUUCUGAAAGAUGGUGAUUACCUAAUCCAAACCUCUGACCUGCACAAUCUGAGUGAUUAACAGAGCAAUCAUUCCACUUUUGCUGGUUAAAUAAGUUAAAUGGAGUGAAAUUUCUCCUUAGGUCAGGAAAAUAUACAGGAUUACCUCAGUGCCUGCAUUUAGUGCCUUGAAAUACAGGGUUUAGACAAAAUAAUGGAAACACUAUAAAAAAAAAUCAACAAAAACUAAAUAUUGUGUAGGUCCGCCUUUUCGGCAAUUACAGCCUCAAUUCUCCGAGGUAUUGAUUCAUACAGCUUGUGAAUUGUUUCAAAGGGAAGCCGUUCUUCAGUUAUAAUGUCCUUUAACCCUUUUAGAGACGAUAGCAAUGGAACUCGACCUCUUAAUUGAGUCUCUAACACUGACCAUAAAUGCUUAAUGUUGAGGUCUGGGGAUUGUGCCGGCCAUACGCGAUGCUCAACUUCAGUUGAAGGUUCAUCAUGCCAUUCUUUAACGAUUAUGUUCAAUGAUUAUGGUGCAGAAAUGUUUCCAUUAUUUUGUCCAAUCCCUGUAUUAGAAAAUAGUAAAAGGGCUUUUGGGGAAGGGGAAAAACAAGUUCUUGGUAUCUCGUGGGAGAUGUUGCGGUAACAACUAUUUCCUUGUAUCUUAUGCAGAAUAAAAUAUGGUUUUGAUUUUUUGUGUGUUUAUGGAUAUCGGAACAAAAACCAUGUAUAUUCCAGAGUAGACAACCUACACAAA